AUGCCCCCAGGUCCUCCGUGUCACGAUGACCGAUACUACCUCGAGGAUGAAGAGGGUUAUGUCUUUUCGGAGCCGUAUUAUCCCCCGGUGACAUCGACAGCGCCUUCUUCACGGCCACAGAUGAUAUCGGUACCAUCAGCAUCGUCAACGACUACGCGUAGACAACCAGUGACUGUGGCUACCAAUACUGCCACUACGCGCCCGAGACCAGCUCUCGAGGAACAAGUUUCGCCUUUGGAGACUCGACCAGCAAGGAAACCGACCAAUGCGUCUUCAUCACAAACGCCAUUAUCACCACAGCGCGUGGGGACCGUGAGCAGUGGGGGGCGACAUACUGUGUCCCCAGCCAGUUCCAUCCAUGAGGACCAGGAAGAAGAUAUUGUCCAGCAAGGGGAUAGCGACGACAUCGAUCAGGAACAGCUGCAGCAAUACUACGUAUACGGCAGUGGAGGAGGCACAGCUUUGGGUCUUUCUUCGCCUCCCCAUCAUCAACACCACCAAGCUGCGGCACAGUCGGGUUGGCAAGCAGCUGGCAAUGCGGGGUCCUUCCAGCAACAGCAGCAGCAGCAUCAGGCGCAACAACAACAACAACAACAGUACAACGAAUCCCUCUCAGCUUCCUCUUGGCCGAGACAACAGUCACAGCAGCAGCAGCAGCUUCCAGUGCCACAGCGACCCGAUGUCCCACGCACAGAAAGCUAUCCGCCAAUCUGGCUCGCCUAUGCUACCCAGAACAAGGACCUCCCGCCUGUGCCGCAACCAUCACCUCCACAACCGCUUCGAUCGCAUCCUGUGGAUGUGCCAUUCCCACCUUCUCAAUAUUGGCGAGGGAGCCGGGACUUGCGAGAGUUGAACGAAGCGAGGGCGCGGGCGGCGCAGCCGGGUAAGGGUCCCAUUCGGACUUCUUAUGGGCCAGCUCCAGAACCGACAUUAUCGACGUCUGGGCCUCCGGUUACGGCUUCAUGGCUGAAUAUCACGCCUCCUCCGAGCGAGCGGCAGCCUCCAAGAGAAGAAGAAAUCACGCCUGUGCCACCUUCGGCGUGGAGAUCUACCACGCAGACUAAUAGCACUCCUAACCUUCGGCAUCACUCUCGUUCGACAACGAGUCAAAAUAUGGUUCCUGAAAGGUUGAGGCAAAGUCAGCAGAGAGAGAGCCGUCCCAGUAAUCUGACUCGAUUGUCUUCAGGUCGGGGCAACCAUGCGAACUCUGGGCCUUUUAUGCAUUAUGAAGAUCUCGAUUAUUUCAACCCGGGUCCGGGAACGGAACCAAAGGAUGAAUCCCAGAUUGAUGGGCAGAUUCCUAGGCAGGAUGCCAUCCCGGAUGUCCCACCAAUAAAUAAGAAAUAUUUGAAAGCUCAAAGGUCCUGGGAUCGUCAGAGGAGACGCAAGAAGCAACAGCAUGGAACUGGCUAUGGUAGUCAGGGAUGUUUCGGGUAUUUGGGCUGCUGGAUUGUGGAGCUGACAUGUUGCUUCAUCAGCCUUGUCUGUCUUGCUCUCACAAUAGCAGUUUUCAAGAUCCACGAAGGGCAGUCUUUGUCUGAAUGGCCAAUGGCGAUAUCUUUGAACACCCUCGUUGGGUUCUUGGUGGCGAUAGCACAAGCUGCGCUGGUGGUGCCAUUGGGAGAGGGAUUGUCGCAGUUAAAAUGGAACUCGUUUGCAAGAGGAGAGAAGGAUAUCAGAGAUUAUGGGGUGUUUGAAGAUGCCAAAAGGACACCAAUAGGGGGCAUCAAGUUGAUGUUGAAGAGAAAGGGGAGGGCACUGGGGAUGUCAGCUGCAGCUUUGCUAACAACAGCUUUUCUGCUGUCGCCGUUGACCCAGGCGGCGAUUACGUAUCCUCUGAGUGAUGGCGGUAGUGGGAUUGCGGUAGGGGCGACGGCAACGGUGCCGAGGAGCGAGGCUUACACCCAUCCUGAGCCUUACAAUGCCCUCUCACCCGCCGAGAUAACCUCCCUCCACAGCUCUCUGUUCCAACCACCCUCCUCACCCAUUGCUCACCUCUCACCAACAUGCUCGACCGGCUCGUGCACCUUCCCCGACUUUUCUUCCUUGGCAAUCUGCUCCUCAACAGCAGAUAUAACCCCACGACUCAACGUCGCCCCUCCCACCCUCGUCUCCCCCCGAGCCACACUCCCAAAUGGCAUCCUCCUCACCACCGGCAACCUCAAUAUCACCUCUGCCAUUAAUACAUCCUUCCUCCCUGUUCGCAACACAUUAGGCUUCACCACAGGCGACGACACAGGGAAAACCACCUCUGGCAUCGCCAAUUUCUUUUUAAUUUACACCACCUCAGACGAGUCAACCUCCGCCUUGGAGAUCUUGUUCUAUUUCUGCGUGAAUACCUACCGUGUGGAGGUGUCUGAAGGGGUAGCAAAGACAAAGGUGGUGCACUCUUCUGCCUUGAGCAGUAGCAGCACGUCAAGGGUUGUUGUUGGGAAGAGGCAGGGGGAGUAUACUGUCAACCGGGAGCACGCAAGCUAUCUUCAUCGUUACCUUUUAGGUUUGUUCAACGGGAAUUACUCCACCAACUCUCCAGGGCAGAUAGGUUCAUCGGGGAGGGUGCUAGGGGAAGUCACUUCUGUUGUGGGAAAUGAUGAUGCGAGGGAAGUGGUGGGUAAUAUCACGAGUAAUAUCGCCCUUGGGCUAACCAAUGCCCUCCGAGCCUCUCCCAACGCCGGCGGCCGCGUCAUCUUGGCCUCAGGAACAGCAACCACGCCAGGAGGCACAGGUGACAGAGUCAUAUCAAUCCACUGGCCCUACCUCUCCUUUUUGAUCAUCCAAGUCUCAGCCACAGUCAUCUUUUUGCUAGGGAUCAUGAUCCAGACCGCCGUCUGGGAUGUUCCCGUCCUGAAAGGGGAUCAACUAGCUGGCUUGGUGACUGUCUCGUCGACAGAUAAGGCUCGGUUGGAGGAUUACAUGGAGGAUGAGAGGGAGGGGAUAACGGCGGCGGCUGAUAAGGAGACCGGCGGGGAGGAGGCGACCGGGGGUGUAAGAAACCGGGGGAGGAGGGGACUAAAGGGAGUGAAGGGACGGUUUAUGGAUAGGGGGGGUGAAUGGGGGUUGGAGGUGGUGGUGGAUUUGGGGAAUGGGGUGCAUAAUAGGAGGAGUAAUGGUGAGGUGUUUGGGGGGAAUAAUGGGAAUGGGAAUGGAAAUGGGGUUACGUGA